AUGGCGGACGGCGAUGCUAAGGAGCAGCCUAACGGAUCCCUGGACGCGGAGGAUGUUGGCGGCGUUGAGGAUGGGAAACAGGACCCGACGCUUUUCCCGGUUCUCAACAGUCUGAUCGCCGCGGUUUUCUUUCCCGAUCCGAAUUCGUCGACUCCUUUGCUGCAAAGGAUAAAAUCUUCGAUGUCGGAGAACGUUCAUCUGCUUCCCAAGGCCUCGAGGAACACCGGCCGCCGUGUUCUCGACUGGACACGCCGCGGCAGCCCUUUUCGCGCCCUCCUCGUUGUUUCCGUUGGGACAAUUGGUCUUAUUCUCUUGACAGGAUUGCUGGUCUUUAUGCUUUUCUUUGCUGCGGCCACCAUAAACACCGUCAUCAUCUCUCUUUUAGUUUCUCUAGCGGCGGCUGGAGGAUUCUUGGCUAUAUUUUUUGCCUGUGUGGCAGCCAUUUACGUUGGGGCAUUGACGGUGGCUUUGUUUGCCAUCUCCACAGCCACAAUUUCAGCAGCUAUUGCUGUCCUUACUGUUGCAGGUUGGAUUGGUUUCUUUUGGACCUUGUGGGUAGCGGCAAGGAAAGGCAUAAGUGUGGCCAAGCAUUCAGUUUCAAUGACUGGAUCGGCUGUUUCGGCUUACUCGACCGCUUGGCGGGCCAGGAACCGAAACAUAUCUAGUAAGUUGGAUUGA